CAUCUUCAUCUCCAUCUUCAUCAUCAUGCUGCGCGCCUCCUCUGUCCUCCUCCUCCUCUCCGUCCUCGGCUCCGCCGUGUGCUUUGAGACGCUGCCGGAGGAGGCUGCUCCUCGCCGGGCGAGAUUCUCCUCCAACAGCCCCGCUGAUGUGGCCAGAUGUUUGAAGAGCUCCGUCGCCGUGGGCUGCGGCUUCUUCUCCUGUCUGGAAAACUCCACCUGUGACACCGACGGCAUGCAUGAGAUCUGUGAACUCUUCCUGCACACAGCUGCGACCUUCAACACAGAGGGUAAAACCUUUGUAAAGAAGAGUCUUCAGUGCAUCUCUCAGGGAAUCUCAUCCAGGAUUCUUCACACCAUCCGUCGCUGUAACAUCUUCCAGAGGAUGAUCGCUGAGGUGCAGGAAGAGUGUUACAGCAGCUUUGACAUCUGCACUGUGGCUCGUACCAACCCUGACGCCAUCGGAGAGGUGGUGCAGGUGCCGACCCACUUCCCCAACAGAUAUUACAGCACUCUGCUGCAGACGCUGCAGUCCUGCGACGAACACACGGUGGCAGCAGUGAGGUCCGGCCUCAUGGCCAGACUGGGUCCAGACAUGGAGACGUUCCUCCAGCUCGUCCAGAACAAACCGUGCACCGCUGGCUCCGCCCUCACGUUCAAUAACCCGUCCAGCUGGAGGAACAUGCCCGUGUUCAACGUCCAGCCGAGCUUCAGAGGACGAGACGACACACACCUGUUCGCCAGGAGGUCUGUGGACGCCGCCGAGGACGCCGCCGAGGCCGAGAAGUAGACCACAGACCUGACGCAAACCUCAGAUUAUCUCACCGCGCAGAUUUAGAUGUGAAAUAUUUCUCGUUCACCUCAUGUUUAAUAUUUGUGUUCAGUUUUGUCCAGAAUAAAAAUCAGAAGAAGAAGAAGACGACGAGGCCUGAUACGGCGACGAGAACCAUUGAUAUUUAUUUUCUUAAACAAGUUAACUUAUGAAGCCGAUGUAUUUAAGGGGGUCAGAGGUCAGAGGUCGCCUCCAUGCUGGUCGUGGACGUCCUCCUGACUCAUGUUAGCUGGUGUGAGACCAUCACUGUAGAUGUACAUGAUGUUUAAAAUGAGAGCUUUUUGUCAUGGAAAUAAAAAUAAUAAAAUAAUAAUAAUGAUGUGAUGAAACUAA